CAGGACUACACGGCCUGCCGGGUCCUCCAUCUGUCCAACAACUGCCUGUCACGAAUAGAGGGACUGGACAACAUGACCGGGUUGCAGGCGCUGUACCUGCAGACCAACGACCUGCGUUCCCUGGACGGCCUCUCCGCCCUGACCUCCCUGCACAUCCUGCAUGUG